AGGUGGCAUUGGCGCUGGCUUCGUGGUCGUCAGAAAACUUCUGUUGUUCUCUCCAAACUACGCUGUUUGGAAUACUUGAAACAUUGAUACAAAAUGGCUGAAGUACUGAACAGUGAGUUUUUGGAACUGACGCGUGAUGAGAAAGAAGCAUUUAUUAAUCGUCGUGUGGAAAUGAUACGACUAAAAAACGAGAACCUUAAGAAAAGACACGAGGAAAUUGAACGUGACAAGCAGAAUGCAGAGCAGCUCAGCAAGUUGGCACCACAUCGACAUAGCGAUGAAGUGCGAGUGAGCCCACCGAAGCAAUCAGCCGGAAUUGGUCGUGGCCGGCGACUGGCUGAACGCAGCAAGCAAGCUAAAGAGCUUAAGUCACGGCAACACGAACCAAAGCGCAGGGAGUAUGAGAGGGAUCGGUCGCCACAGCAACGCGAUGCGCAGCCUCCUCGGCACAAUCACAGAUAUGCUCCAGACACAGAUGACACCGGCGCGCCGCCACCUGACCCCUCGUUCAACUUCCUCGCUGAUCCUGGUCGCCAUGGAGGGUUUCGGAAACACGGUGGCCCAACGAGACAGGAGGGCAGCAGGAGGCACAUCAGCAACUGGGGUGGAACGAAUUUUGGCAACGUGAAGCAGAACAUUAAUAGGAUGAAGGAGCGAGAGGAUUACAAGUCGGGAAGAGAUGGCCCAAAGUCCAAGCGUGAGUUAGAGUUGAGCAUGACAGGAAGAGAAAGACAGGAGUACGAGUCAUGGAAAGCAGAACGUGACAGGGUAGAUCUUGAGCGGUUAAAUCGUCAUGAGCGUUCAGGCAAACGUGAAUGGGAUAAAGAGAAAGUCGCCAUUGUUGAUGACGUAGCUGACAAACAGAAGCCACAGCAAGAGUUUCAGCACAGAAGAGGUGGUCCUACCCAACACAGAACUGGUCGUGUUGGCAGUGGCCGUAUUGUAAUCAAGGAUGGUGAUUCCCCCGCCCGUCACCGUGACGUUGAGACAGAUUACGGGAGCAGUGGUGUGUCGCAAGUCGACACGAAAAAAGAUGUCCAGCAGCAUGAAGUUAGCCAUUCACGGAGAAGAAGAAAGGACGAGCCACACUACGCAUCUAGAAAUAAUGAUGAGAGCCGUAGAACCAAGGCAAGGGAGAGCGGUGCGGCAUACCCUGCGACCCACUUCAAAAGUGUUGAAAGUCCCACACCAACAGGCAUUGAUAGAUCUACCCCAGAUCAGAGAAAUAGUGAUGUGAGGCAUGCAUCUCAAGUGGGCAAAGAAGAUGUCUGGCAGUCUCCCCCUAAGGGUGGGAGCACUCUACAUGCUGCUGUGGGUAGCCAUUGGCCUUCAAAAGUUUCCAUGAAGAUGUCGGAGGUCGUUGUGACACCUAGUAAUGCUAGCCAGCCAGCUGAAGAAGUUCUAGACGAGGAGGUUGAUGAUGGUGAAGUACCACAAAAUACAGACAGGAAUAUCAUGACUGAAGAAGACCAGAUAGUUAUUUGCAUCAGCAAUAACCUUGUGGGGAAGCUGACAUCCAGGGAGCAGCGCACUGCCAAGAACAGGGAACGCAGACUGAAGGCCAGGGCCAAAAAGGCCAGUAGUCGGAGCUCUGUAUCUUCUUCAAGUGGUGAACUUGAAGAGGGAAGAGCUGGUGACCCUUUUGAUCGAGAGGAAAGGGACUCAGCAGACGAGGACGUUCAGGGCAUACAAUCUGACAAGGUCACUAAGAAUCAACCGAGUGGCAAGCGUGCUGAUCAAGGAGUGGAAUGUUCAAGAAAGCUGAAUGGUGAACCGCUCGAGGAUGAUGAAGAUCAGUGGGAGGACGCCACGAACACCAGCGGCUCUCUCGACUUGUCCGGCCGUAGUGAGGAACCGCCUUGCAUCGAAGCCACAGCUCCUCAAACUCCCACUACACCGCAACGUAUGAAAACUCCCGAGGCUCGCGUUCCUGUGCCUGACUGGGCUGCUGCCAUGGAAUCUCCACGGUCGUCAGUGGGAGACUCCCCUCAGCAGUACCCGGCUGUGGGCAGUGACGAUACAGCACAGCUUUACGGGGAGAUCGUUAAGGCUGAACGUGGGGAGGCCGAGGCUAAUGCAUGUGUAGAAGGAAACCCAGUAACAGUAGCAACAGGUUUGCUGACUGAUGAACCAGCAGUUGUGAGUGGCUCAGAGGCACUGUCAGCACAGAUGCCUCUGGGUGAUUCCCUGAAGACUGGAAUGCCAGGGGCAAAUAUUCUGGAGACAGAGACACCAAUAGCAGAAGUUAUGGGAAAUUGUACACCUAAGAGUGAUGCUCCAGAGACUAGGAUGCCUCAGGGCAAUGUUUUGGAAUCUGGAACACCUAAGGGUGAUGUUCUGGAGAUUGAAAUACAUGAGGGUGAUGAUGCAGAGACUAUGGCAUCGGAAGGUGAUGCUGCAGAGACUGGGGCACCUGAGUGUGAUGUUGCAGAGACUGGGGCACCUGAGGGUGAUGUUGCAGAGACUGGGGCACCUGGGGGUGAUGCUGCAGAGACUGGGGCACCUGAGAGUGAUGCUGCAGAGACUGGGGCACCUGAGAGUGAUGCUGCAGAGACUGGGGCACCUGAGAGUGAUGUUGCAGAGUGUGUGGCACCUGAGAGUGAUUCUGCGGAGACUGGGGCACCUGAGUGUGAUGCUGCUGAGACUAUGGCAUCAAAAGGUGAUGCUGCAGAGACUAUGGCAUCAGAAGGUGAUGUUCAGCAGGCUGGGAGACCUGAGGGUGACGUUCUAAAGACUGACACUCCAGAGUGUGAAAUUCUGGAGACUGGGAGUCCUACCCCUUUGACAUGUCAGUCGUCUGGAAGUGGAAUGUCUAACGCCACCGCCAUACCAACUGUAUGUGAAGGUGACUCAGCACCAGUACAGAGUGCGUCAGUACCAGAUGUGUUACCAGAUGCUGAAAAUUACAUAGCAGAGGCUGAGGUAGCUGGUGCUCAGUCUGAGGUUGAUCAGCACAGUCGACAAACAGAAAGUGCAGAAGCUUAGCAGUGGACGUGUGGAGCAUGUACAUCUGUCUGCACAAACUUGGGUGUGAUGGAACCUGCACACAGUAGCACGCAUGCAAAGCCAACAGCUCCUACCAUCUGUUGCUUGAAGCUAUAUUGGUAUUUCGUUUAUUUCUGCACCACGUGACAUUUUGGGUAGCUUUAACUAUAAUUGCAUCAUUUUAAGAUCUGUGUCUGUAUCUGUGAACUAUCCAUCAAACUAGGGACCCUGAAACACUGAAUCACAUAGUUCCCUAUCAGAACAAUAUUUGUUUGCAAGGAGAAUCGUCGAAGAGAAAUGUGCGUUUUGAACCACAGUGUUCGUAUUCAGUUCAUCACCCCACAGACUAUAAAGUCUACUAAAAUACUUAAAAAGUUCUGUCUGUCGCCUACAGUUCUUUGUGCAAACAAAAUUCCGUGCAGUGUAACUCGCCAGUUUGUGGCCAGGUCAGAUGACCGGAAAUGACUAGUCCUGCAGACAGAUACAAUACCUUAUGGUAUAUCUUUCUCUUCGUUUCUGGUGGUUGGUGGCUGCUGCAUUACUAUAGUUCUCACUUGGUAAUUGAUAUUCAAAAAACCAACGAUAUUAUACAUGUGUACCAUAUGCCUCGAUAAUGUGUUGCUUGUGAAUUAUUGAAUUGUAUUUAUUCAAUCAAUUUACAAGUUGUUUCAUAAAACUAACUAGCUGAACAAACUUGUGUUGUUUAUCUAAAUUAGUAGACAAUUUAUUAUUUAUGAAUUAGGGAAAAACAUUUGAAGCAAUGUUGUUAUAAUAGAAUUAUAUAAUGUUAUAUGUCUUGGCUACAGCAUGGUUACAUUUGCAGAUCUAGGAUUUUAGUAAAGGUAGGUUUCCUGAUGUCACCUUUUCAUCUGCAAGGUGAAGAACUAUUAACAGGGAUAGAAGCUAUCUGCCACUAUUGUUUACAAGUGUUGUUUUUUUAAUCUUUAUAGUGUACAUAGUGUAUGUUAGCAUCAGUUGUUUUACUAUUUGGCCUAUUAUAUUAAUACUAAUUAUUCUAACC